AUUUGUGACUGUCACAUGUAUGGAUUAGUUGAAAAAGACUUCCUUAUUGUAUCCAGUGUUGGAAUUUCAAGACUAGUUUGCUGACAUUUUUUACUACAUUCAAACUUUAAACAACAGAAUGUACAUUUGUGUGAACGUGAAAACAUACUCAUUCUGAAUAGGUUAUUUGUACUGACAAAAUUGUUAGCUAAAAACUUUGUAUAUUGAACAGUUAAAAAAACUUUAAUUUUUUGUUUAAUUACUGUGCUUUUUUCUAGGUAACAUUAUAUGUUACAGGUCAGUUUGUGUAUGGAAAUUCUCUUUGAUAGUUUGAUAUAGCCAAUUAAUUCAACUCACCUGCUACGUGUUUAUUGGUUACUUCAAUUAUUAACCAUGUUGUGAUGAUAGAACAGACAGGGAAAGCUCAACAGGACUGGCUUGCAAACACCGACUGUUUGUGAUGGACAGCGUAAUCAUACAGAGUAUACAUAUAUAUGUCAAGUAUAUCUGUGACAUAUGUAUAUCAAGAUAUGCUUUAUAUAAACUUUGAUACACAGGUAUUAUUAAUGGAAUCACAAGCUUCUACAUGGUAUGGUUAAGAACUGGAGCAGACAUUGACAGAUGGUGUGGUAUUCAAAUUAGCUGGAUGUAAAAAAACAAAAAACCAGCAACAAAACAUUUCUGUGUUUUUGUGGAUUUCUUUGAGUGAUAUUGGUGAUUUGCUGGCAAUGACAGACACACUGUCGGACGGAUGAAGAUGAACAGACCAAUCAGAAGAUGGCAUUUGGAUUCAGGUGGCUGAUUAUAAUGGUGACAUGUCUUCUUCUCAGAGGACUGUACUGCAGUGCAGAAAUCAAGGACUGUGCUUCGAAUCCUUGUCAGAACAAUGCCAAGUGUGUGGUCAGUGACACAGGAAACAGAUGUAGAUGUCCUGCAGGAUUCACUGGUGCAUUGUGUGAGACUGAUGUUGACGAGUGUAGCCAUGUUCCACCACCCUGUCUCAAUGCUGUCAGAUGUGUCAACACUGUCGGCAAUUUUAGCUGUCAGUGCAGUGCAGGUUACACAGGCAGGGACUGCGGCACGGAAAUCAACGAAUGUCUGAGUCAGCCAUGUUUGUUCAAUGGGACCUGUGUAGAUCUUGUCGGUGGCUACCGCUGUCAGUGUCGGAAGGGCUACAUGGGACAGCAGUGUCAGGCUGUUGUCAGAAUCUGUCUGAUGGACAACCCUUGUGCUUCUAAUGGCAUCUGUGUGGAAAGACCUGCGGGUGGUUAUAAAUGUUAUUGUAAACCUGGUUUCCAUGGCAGCCGAUGUGAGUUUGCCAUCAAUGAGUGUGUUUCGAAUCCAUGUCGUAAUGGUGGCAGCUGCUCCAAUGGUGUCGACAUGUACAACUGCUCUUGUCUUCCCGGUUUUUCUGGUCCUAACUGUGAAGUUGAUGUGAACGAAUGCACCAGUAACCCGUGUCAAAACGGUGGGACGUGUUACGAGCACGCUGUGAAUAAGUACCAGUGCAUGUGUAAAGCUGGUUACACCGGUCCGGAGUGUCAGGACAGCAUCAACCACUGUCUCAACGUUGUCUGUCCCAUAUACCAGGUCUGUGAGGACCUUCGUGAUGGAUACAGGUGUGCUUGUCGCCCUGGAUGGACUGGACAGCUCUGCAAAGUCAGGAUCGAUAGUUGUCAUAGCAACCCGUGUGUCAGCAAUGCUUCCUGCAUUAACAACGAAGUCGGCUACACGUGUAGAUGUCCCUAUCCUUACAGCGGCAACAGCUGUGACAUCAACAAUGAUGUCUGCUACACAAAACCUUGCCUCCACGGCGGAACGUGUCGCCAUGACAAUACCGUUACCAGUGGAUUUAUGUGCCAGUGUGUUGAUGGUUUCAUUGGUGAUCGUUGCCAAGGUGAUAUAUAUGAGUGCCAAUCAAAUCCCUGCAGGAAUUCGGGAACGUGUGUUGAAAACACCAAUGGUCAGCCUGGAUUCCAAUGCCAGUGUCCAGACAGGUUCGGGGGAGACUUCUGUGAAGUGGUCAAGCAUGCUUGUUUAUCCUCGCCAUGUUUUAAUGGCGGAACCUGUGUGUUAACUGCUGAAGGUUACCGAUGUGACUGCCCCCACACCUGGUCGGGUAUGAGGUGUGAUGUUGAUGUGGACGAGUGUGAACAUCGGCCGUGUAAGAACGGCGGUUACUGUGUGAACCGCGUGGGUCAGAGACAUGAGUGUGUGUGUUCCCAGUACUGGACGGGACACAACUGUACACUGGACGUCCUGGAGUGUGACUCUCACCCCUGUCACAACAACGGAUCCUGUACUGAAGUCAUCGGUGCAGAUCCACAGUGUCACUGCAGACAAGGCCUUACAGGUGCGUUCUGUGAAGUUAGACUACCUGGAUGUGAAGUGAAGCCAUGUAAGAAUUCUGCUACCUGUGUACAGGAUGGACCAACUUACACCUGUCAGUGUCUCCCUGGAUACACAGGUGAGCACUGUGAAGACAAUAUUGAUGAGUGUGAGCUGCGGCCAUGUAUGAAUUCAGGGACGUGCAUCGACAGAGUCCACGACUACUUCUGUUUGUGUCCUCAAGGAUUCACGGGCAAGAACUGCUCGGAGGACAUUAACAACUGUGAUCCUAGCCCCUGUCAGAAUGGUGCCACAUGUCUCGACCAUUUUGGUCCAAGUUUUCAGUGUAAAUGUACUCCUGGUUAUACAGGUGACUUUUGCACGACUCAGAUAGAUGUAUGUGCUUAUAAACCAUGCAUGAACAAUGCAACGUGUGUUGAUUUGGGAGAUCGAUUUCGAUGUGACUGUCUCCCAGGAUUUGAAGGUUUAACCUGUCACUUGAACAUUGAUGACUGCGCCAGUAGUCCGUGCAAGGAGGGCAGUAUGUGUGAAGACCGAGACAAUGACUAUCUCUGCAAGUGUGCUCCAGGAUAUACAGGUAAAACGUGCAGUGUGGAUAUUAACGAGUGUUCCUCCAACCCGUGUCUACACGGCGGUGUGUGUAAAGAGCUGACACCGAACUCAUACACGUGUGUGUGUCCCAGCGGUGUGUCCGGACCGCGCUGUGAUGUUGUGUACACGGCCACGUUUGACGGGCAGCAGGGGCUGGAGGUUCGUGUAGACUGGCUGCCGACUGGACGCAGGGUGAGGAGAGCGGCCACAUCCACACCCAGUAUAUCAAUCAGAUUCACCCUGACUACCACAGUUACCAAGGGAGUGGUGCUUUUUACAAGAGGAACUGAUUCGCAAGGCAGACCCCAGCAUUUUGGUGUGGAACUCUUCAACAAGGCAUUAUGGGUAACACAAAGUCGUGGUGAGAGCACUGUCACAGGACAGUUAGUACUAAAACCACCUGUUGGCGGGAUCUUCAGUCACACCGUGGACAUCACCAUGACAACAUCCUCCUCCAACAUCACCUUGGAUCCCAGCAGUUGUAACAUGGAUGACUCCAGCUGUCAUCUUUCACUUCAUCAACAAGAGAGAACUUUACCUUGGAAUCUGGAGAACAAACUGAAGCUUGGGAAGCUAAACGUUGUUACUCCAUACGUCCGCAGCAAACUCCACACGGUGGAUGGUUUCACUGGGUGUCUGGGGAACUUUGUGAUCAAUGGGAAGUCACUCAGCCUGCUAACCCCAGAUGGCACCACCUCUACAUCACCAGCACCAGCUCCAGGCUGCUCCAGCCAUGAACCGUGUACCCCCAGUUUCUGUCACAAUGGAGGGACGUGUGUUGACGUGUGGACGAGGAAGUACUGUCGGUGUCGACCAGGUUUCUCCGGUGAGUCGUGUAAGUUCCAGAACAUGGCUCACUUCUCGCCCGGCUCACUGCUAUACUUCAGCGGCGUGUCGCACAUCACUGAACUCUCGUUCUGGAUCUCGACCACCAACGCUUCCGGAAUUAUCCUCUACACGCUGACGUCUGAUGCGAUGGCGUUAAUGGUGGACCGAGGUCAGAUCCGUCUCCAGCUGGUGUCAGAGAACACCGACUUCGUGAGUCGAGUUGGGUAUGGUGUGGACAGUGGGGACUGGUACCAUGUCAGUCUCACCUUCUCCGGGGGCAGGUUCACUCUUAGACUAUCUACAGAGAUGACUGGCUUGUUUGGGACGGCUACUGGCACCGUUGGUAACUUCAUCCUGGUUACGAUGCCAGUGUUUGUGGGUAAACUUCAUGAUCACCCAGCAUUGGACAAGUGGCGUCUUCGACCAUCCAAGAUUCCAACCUCAGAUGGGUUCUCUGGAUGUCUGCGAGAUCUCACCAUCAACAAUUACCCCAUUAACCUGACCACACACAUCAGCUCCAUUUUUGGCAAUGAUCCCCCACCCCCACUGCCUGGCUGCCCCAGGGAGGAAGUCUGCCUCCCUUCCCCGUGUCAGAAUGCUGGCGUCUGCUCCACAGGCUGGGUCGGAUACAGCUGUCAGUGCUCUGUCAACUUCCAUGGAAAGAACUGUUCUGAAGUGUCAUCUUCUACAUUUGAUGGGUUGAAAAGUUUUGCAGACAUCACAAUUGAUAGGUCUAGAUUUCCUUUUGGAGAUGACGGCAGUUUUGAAUUUCGCACUCGACAAGUGACUUCCACACUCAUGCACAUUGAGCUGUCAAAACGAAGCAGUGGGGAAGUCCGAGGGUUACAGUUCCGACUGUAUAAACAGCAACUACAGGUUGUCUCCAGUUUCAAUGGAGCAACUCUGAUGCUUCCAAAACAACUGUCUGAUGCAGAGUGGCACAUGGUUCAGUGGCAACGAGAUGGCAGGAGUCUGGUGGUGUCUGUGGAUGAUGUCCAAAAGAAACUUAAUGCUGAAUUUGACCUCUACAGUCCUCACUUCAACACCACCAUCAAGGUUUACAUCGGAGCUCAGCCUCUCACUCCUGGAUAUCGUGGUAAGAUGGUUGGCUUUUUCAAAGGAUGUCUGCGAUCUGUGACCUUCAACAAGGCUUAUCUCAACUAUCUCCCGAGCCACGCCCCUCAGCCUGGUGUCGUGGCAACCAACAUCAGCAUUCGUUCUGGUUGCCAUGGUGACGACGUCUGCUCGGAGAACCCCUGUCCCGCCAACUCGUACUGCGACUCUGACUGGAAUUUGUACUCGUGUCCUUGUCUCGGCGGCUGGGAGGGUGUGAACUGUUCCACCAGCGUGGAUGACUGCAAGAAUCAUCGGUGCCAGAAUGGAGGGCGGUGUCUCGACGACCACAAGUCGUAUGUUUGCGAAUGUCCGCACAAUUACACGGGACAGUUCUGUGAGUCACUGUUCAGGAUCUGUGAUACCAAUCCGUGCUUCCCAGCCAACACUGUUCAGUGUCUGUCCAUCUUGCCAUCAGAGUACCAAUGUCAGUGUAAAGCAGGUUGGACCGGAAAGAACUGCACCAAAGAUAUAGAUAACUGCUUGUCUCAGCCUUGUUUAAAUGGAGCUAACUGCACAGACUUGAUCAAUUCAUACAAGUGUCGGUGCUCGAGUGAGUUCUUUGGUGAGAAAUGUCAGUUUAGACGUAUCUGUUCUUCCAGUCCUUGCUACAACAGUGGAAGUUGUGUACCAAAUGAUGACAACACGAACUACAAAUGCCAGUGUGUGAAUAAUUAUAUGGGAAAACAGUGUGAGAAGUAUAAUUACUGUCACGAUCACCUGUGUUCCAAUAAAUCAACAUGUGUGUUACAACAGAGUGCGUAUGUUUGUUCUUGUGUUCCUGGUACGUACGGGGUGUAUUGUCAGUAUACAGACCACUGUUAUUCCAAUCCAUGUGAAAACAAUGCUGAAUGUCGUAAUGAUGUUCGUACAUACAGGUGUGAAUGCCCAUUCUUCUUCACCGGGAAAAACUGUGAAACUCCCAUCAAUCAGUGCAGGUUUAAUCCAUGUUAUAACGGUGCCACGUGUUAUUUUAAUGAAUCUCUCUUAAUCCAUCAGUGUCACUGUCGUGUUGGAUUCACAGGCCAGCGUUGUGAGACAGAUAUCAACGAAUGUCUGUCACAGCCAUGUAAAAAUGGAGGAAGGUGUAUAGAGAGUAGUUCCAAACCGGACAAGAUGUUUUAUGCAGGAUAUCAUUGCCAGUGUCUUCCAGGCUUUGUGGGGAACAACUGUGAAACAGAGACACAAGAAUGUUCCAGUAAUCCAUGUCUGCAUAACGGUACUUGCGUAGAACUUCAAAAUGCAUUUCAGUGUAAAUGUCUGUCAGGAUUCGAAGGACUGACCUGUGAAUAUGACAGAAGAGCUUGUCAGUCAUCUCCUUGCCAGAACAAUGCCAACUGUUUACAGAACGUUGACAAGAGUUACUUUUGUGAAUGUAAAGUGGGUUUCACGGGACGUCAUUGUCAGAUAAACAUUAACGACUGCGACAGUCAUCGUUGUCUAAAUGGUGCGACUUGUGUGGACAUGACAGCGGGUUACACCUGCUCCUGUCUCCCCGGUUACACUGGGACGUACUGUGAGCACAUCGCAGACUCCUGUUUCAGCCAGCCGUGUUUUAACGGUGGGACGUGUCACUAUCAGGGCCUGUGUAGCUGUAACAACAUCGUCAGCAGGUGUGGCUGGCACAACGAGACUUGUCAGCAGCGUCUGUGUUCCACGGUGUCUGGUUGUUCAGAGUACGACAAGUCAUACAGGUGUGACUGUCACAAGACAGGAUUCACAGGGGCACAGUGCACGGACGAUGUUGAUGAGUGCAGAGUUGCCUCCCCUUGUAAAAAUGGUGGCAAAUGUGUAAACACUGUCGGUGGGUUUUCGUGUGAUUGUCAUGGAACUGGUUAUGCUGGAAAUAAUUGCUCAGAAGAUAUAGAUGAAUGUGAUAUUAAAUCUGUAUGCUUUAAUGGAGGUUCGUGUACCAAUCUACCUGGGACAUUCACCUGCCGCUGCCCCGACGGAUGGACUGGACAGACGUGUGGACAGAACACUGACGACUGUCAUAGCACUCCCUGUCAACACGGAGGACGUUGUACGGAUGCUGUCAACGGCUACACAUGUAUGUGUAGUGGCACCGGCUUCAAGGGAGACAACUGCGAGAUAAACAUCGACAACUGCGUAGGCCACAUCUGCCAACAUGGUGCCAGAUGUGUGGACGGCAUCGACAGUUACUCCUGCAACUGCAGCAACACGGGUUUCACCGGCCCGCUCUGUCAGACCAAAGUGGACGAGUGUCGUGGUCGGCCAUGCAGAAAUAACGGGACCUGUGUCGAUGGGGACAGGUCCUUCGCAUGUGAUUGUACAGAGACGGGAUAUCAGGGAAAGUUGUGUGAAGAAGAUGUGGAUGAGUGUGGCGAUGGUUCACAUAAAUGUGUGACGGGCUCCACUUGUGUAAAUCUGCCUGGCGGGUACAGCUGUAGCUGCGACAAUCAAAGAACCGGUGUAUUUUGUGAAAGUGCAGUGGGACAGGUCUCAUCUGACGACAGUUCUCCGAGUAUGGGCGUGGUGGCAGCGUGCGUGGUCAUUGUUUUAGUCUUACUGGCCACAGUGCUACUUUACGGUGCGUGGCAUGUGCGGCGGAAACGCAAGAUGACUGGUCAUUACGAGCCGUCGCAAGUGGAGAAAAAUACGCCGUCACCAAUACCGAUGGAACGAAUGAUUGAUGAGACCAGGGGAGAGAUUCUUAUUUAAGGGAACUUUAUAACAUGGAAUUGUGCAACAAAUAAUAAUAUUAUGUCUUUCAUCAUUAACAUACAGGGUUUUUAGAUUUAACAAAAAAAAAUUUGCUCAGAAAAUUAAAAACUGCAAAAGCUUUAUUACAAUAAUGGUUACUGUAUUCUAAACUUUACAACAAAUAUAUACUGAUGAGAACAAAUAUAAGGGAACACAGAGCUACUUCUUGCACUCACCAAAUUCACCAAUUGUGAAUUUUAAAAGCAAUUAAGAAAUUUUAUUUUAAUUUAGCAAAAUAAUUUCAUAAAAUAAUUGAUAUUUUGUUAGAACAUAACUGGGUUUCUGAAAUUUUUAAGCUUAAUAGAUAAUUUGGCAACAUUUUCUACUCACCCAAAGCUAGCCCCGGGAACAAACCAAACCCCUCAUCCACAGUUUUAGGAAGUUGCCUGUGUGACUGGUAAUCAUUCUUUCAGUACUGACAUUCAGUCCCACAUUACAUCUGUGUAUUUUAUUCAGGUAUAAAUUCUCUACAAGUGAAAGAAAUUUGAUCUCAAAUACCAUGCAUUCCCUUAAUUUGUUUUCAUCUGAAGUUCUACAUUUCAUUCAUAAUUCUACCAUUUAUAAUAACUAAGAUAAUAAUUUUCAAGUUUUGGUCAUUGUCACACAUCGGGUACCCAAAAGAAACAAAACGCUAACUCAUAAGUCAUUUCUUACAUAUUUAAUCACACCAAUAACAAAACCCUCCCCUGCAGUUUUGUUUAUUUAUGAAAUUUGUUUCAACUAUUUUGGUGGUGUAUGAUGAUUUCAAUUUCUAGUCCUUGAACACAAACUUAUACAUCAUGCCCGAUAUACUGAUUCACAUUGCAAUUUUAUAAAAUGGAUCAGUGUAAGUGUUAUAACUACAGCCACACCCACCAUUGUCUUAUACUAAGGCAGCAAUACAUUACUUCAAUUAUUAUUUAAAAAAUGUUUAAGUAAUUGAAAAGCCAUGGUAAUUUUGAACCAGCCCUCAAGGUGCCAAACGUUCCCCUGCUACUCUAAAAUGCUUAGUGUCCCUUGUUCCAAAGAAUCUGAUGUUCGUACUACAUGUAUUUAGUAUACCAGGUAUUACACAAAUGUAUAUUUAUUUUGGUCGAUCUCUCAAUAUAUAUGUUUGUUGUUUUAUUUUGCAGUUACAGCCAAUUAUAUAUUUUAAAAUUUGUGCCAAUGUUUUUUGAAAAUUGUUGUUUCAUAUUGAAGUCCUAUUUAUAUAUAGUUAUAUGGACAGUCUUCUGCAGCUACAUAAUGCACAACUAUGAAUGAACAGAAUUUUAUAAAUAUAAGAUAUUAAACAAGCUUCCAUUUCCUAUCAUGUUUAUGUCCUGAGUGAAGUAAUUUUCAGUUGCUACGAGCUUUAGCGAUACGAAAUGGUAGCGAGUUUAAUAUCCUACUUAUUACCCAUAAUUAAUCAUUCUUAAAUAUAUAUCGCUCAACUCAUUUGGUUGAUGUUCCUGUAAAAUUGUAGUGCGCCAAGCGAUUACAUCAUCGUGUGACAUCGAAGUGUUACGUCCCACUUGGCAUUUUAGUGGAACGUAUCACUUUGAUAUGUACCAAGAUAUUUUUAACCAUAUGGGUAAUAAUAUACAUGGUGCCCUUGUGUUAGAAUUGUAAAGUAAAUGUUUACCCAAGAUAUAUAACAUCAACUGCAAUUAAUUUAAGACAAACAAUUCUUUCAAUAUUAGCCAGUUUAGCAAAUAUGUUAUAAAACUGCAAUUAAAUUUGACAGUGUAAACUGCACAAACACUGAACAUUCCAACAGAUGGGGCCAAUUUACAAAGCCUAUUUUCUUAAACGUAGGUGUUUAAGCAUUGUAAAUACUUACAGGAGCAGGAUUUAGCUCAGUUGGUUGAGUGCUGCUUGCGGUGCAGGAUCGAACCACCUCGGUGG